GUGUAUAGACUAUUGCCAAAGCGUUUCGACUCACCCCUCACUGCCUGUGAACCAACCAAUUCCCGAAAGGUUGCACUCGCAUGCAUGCACCCGUCUGCCUUAUGCGUUUGGACAGGUUGACAGCUAAUUGAACAGGACAAGGGCGCCGGGACUGUGCGAUAAAUUUCUGACAAUAUUUGACAGUUUGACGGUCCUUCACCACAUUCAGACGUUGUUUUCCGUUCAUCUUGUCAUCCGAGCGCACAAAUAGUGCAGUGUCCGUUACACACUUCAUCGGUCAAAAGGUGCUACCCACACUUCAGCCGCAGUUGCAGCAGCAGUGGAGUAGUUAUCGCAUAAACCCAUUUUGUUGACAUGACGAUGAUGAGCCAUCGCGAGUUGGUCGCCUUCUUUUGACAGCUGCUGCGCACACGCACACACGUAUCGGAAGAGGCAUCGAUCACGGCACCACUGAGAGCCACUCUUCGCUGUCAUCGGUAUCGACGGGAUUGGCGUUGACAGAUUCAUCAGAUCCAGAAACGAAGAAACAUAGUGUCUCUAACUUGCGCACUGCUGCGUGCGGGUGUGGGCGUACACUAAUGCUCAUUUGCGUCCAUGUGACCAGUUCAGAAUCGAUCCACGCUGGUUCAGCGACCAGUUUAAUUAUUCCUUAAUUGUCAUUUCGCCACUGUGAAGGAUACUCAUUGAUCACCCAAUCCAAGUAACUGAUCGAUUGACGGAUUGUUGAUCGCAUUCUCGUGGACACAAAAAGUACCGAAGUGUGACAUAAGCACACGGACAACUGCUGCGGUGUGCAAAUUGGCGACGGAGCUGUCCUGCUGUUUACCUCGACACGACCUUGAACCUCAGUGGAAGAUCAUUUGCAUCCACACCUGCUAUGAUCGGUUUUGCCAGGCGUGGAAUACUAUAAAUGCGACUACUUGUGCUAUCCACCUGUGGGAUUUAGUACUUCAUCGUGAAAAAGUGUUUGCAAUCCAUUCACAAUUUCCUUACUCUGAUCACAACCACAGCUCACUGUGCUCGCUUUUCGGGAUAAAACUUCACUGACGGUGAAUAUGAUGCUGCCGACCAAAGUUGAUGAGCAGAAUUCACCGCAGUCUCUGUCUUGUCCACGGUUAUCUCCCAGUCGGACGCCCGUAGCGAAAUUGGGCACCGCCUACAAUUCGCGCACAUCUGAAGUAGAACCAGAAGAGACAUCAAUCGGUGGUGUUGCCCAAUCAUUAUCCUCUAGGUCCUCCUCCUCUUCAAGAUCCUCGUCAUCGUCCGCCUCAUCGACAGACACUGGACCCAAUCCCCUUUCGAACACAAAACUCGGCGACCGCUCCACACAACUUUCCUGUUCGGUCCUAUCUUCCUCAGACGCAACCGCCCAUUUUCCCUCCCGGACUCCGUCACUUAAUACUCAACAGCCUUGCUCAGUCUCCCAGCAGUCAGGAUCCAAGCAUCUUCACGAAUCUAGCGGUCGUGUUGGCUCAGAAAUACACACAUUUGGCAAGCGAACUAGUAACUCCACCGAUUCCUCCACCGGCGCCUCAGCAGGCGUCAACGACGACUACCACAACCUCAAUUACGCAUCCGUACCGUACUCCACCUCUGUUGCUACUCAGUCACACAAUCAAGCACUCCCCCAUCAAUCUGGCAUACCUGUCAGUCCCCACGCUAGUAACACCCGAGGUGACCUUAAUUCGCGACACUUGCCAACCCAACCACCUGGCCCUCCCACUCCAGUCAACCCAAAUUCAAAUCUCGGCCAUUCAUUGGGCUUUGACCCCCUAUUACUCAAAGCCCGUUCCUCCGUGUACGAACACCCACUGUUCCCACUGUUAACGUUGAUUUUUGAGAAAUGUGAGCUGGCCACAUGCACUCCCCGCGAUCCUGCGGCGUCCCAUCGUGCCUCCGGAGUCGGCACCGGCAUGGACGUGUGGUCUUCGGAGUCUUUCAAUGAAGAUAUCACUGUUUUCGCCAAAGAGUUGGCCAGUUCUCAGAAAAGUAUGCGUACCAAUGAUCCUGAACUGGAUUCCCUGAUAAUUCAAGCAAUUCAAGUUCUCCGGUUUCAUUUGCUCGAAAUCGAGAAGGUCCAUGAACUCUGUGAUAAUUUUUGCUCACGUUAUAUCACUUGCCUUCGGGGUAAAAUGCCCAUCGACCUGGUUAUCGAGGACAGAGACUCCGCCGGAUCGACUGGAUCAGGAAACAGCCCACAACCAGUUAGUGGUUCCUUGUCGUCCAACGUUGCGCAGAACAACAUGUCCGUGGGCACACUCAACUCUGGUUCCCAUCCAUCGAGUGGGACUAACUUGUUCAACUGCUUGGGAGAAGACGCUGGUCCACUCGCGAUGCAACACGCCUUGCAUAAUUCCAACAUGAUGGGUCUUCCUACUUACGCCGGGGGUUCUGGAUUUCGGGGGGACCCUGCCAGUGCGUAUGCCGCAGCAGCAGCCGCAGCUUCUGUCUCACAGAUGGGUGGUCUACUUGGUCUCGGAGGUAUGUACCCCGGCACUCAAGGCGCCGGCUCAUUCCAAACCGGUUUCACCGACCCACGUUAUCCCCACGUUCAUCCAACACACGCGUCCCCAUCCGGAGGGGGAUUUGCCGAUCCGGUAAACUACUACGGGCAGCAUUCGGUCAACCGUGCACCACACCAUUCCGCUUACACCACCGGGGUCCACACUAGCUUGUACCCACCUUCGUGUGUCUCAAGUGGUGGGUCAACCUACGGAGGAGGUGGAUCCGAUGUUGGACCGGACAACCGACAACCUCCACAUCUUGGUUCGCCCUAUCAGGCACCUGGGCCGGGGCUGGCUGGAUCUUUUAGAAGCGCUUCCCCAGGCUACGGAGGUUCUAACCCUGCCCGAAUGAGUGCAACCCCAUCUGGAGUGUACGGAGCUCAACACCCCCCACCACAUCAGAUGUCAACAGAUGCUCUGUCUUCCUCAUCAUCCUCCGGACUUGUGCCACGUUCCAAGACAUCAUCCCCAUUACUUGGGAGCGUGGGAAGCCGAAGAUCCCCGGAUGUCGAUGACCAUACUAGCCCCAGCGGAGGCAGUGGAUGCCUCGGGGGCGGAGCAACCGGAAGUGGCUCCUCAGCCAGCCGAGGAGACGGUACUGGUGGUGGGCAUUCUAGCGACCGAGGUUGCAGUGGUGGUGGGGGCGGCGUCGGAGGCGGCAGCGGCCCAGUCGGUGGGAGCGACAAUGGUGGGCGAAGUAGAGGACACCAUCAGCACACUGCCGAUGAACACAUGGGACGCCAGAUCAUAAAUCAUCAUAUGCAUCUGGCGCACCAAAUCUCCCAGGCGUCACAGGUUGUACAACAUCUGUCUCAGGCGAGCACACCUCUCUCCCGUAGUCAUGGUAACGCAAGUCAAGAUAUGAACAGUGAACCUGGUGAUGGCGUGGAUAACUCAGUUGGAUCCGCAGAGAACAUAGAUGAAUUUGAUUUGGAGGAGAAAGUUGCAAAGCGUCAGAAGAAGCGCGGUAUCUUCCCUAAAGCGGCGACCAACAUAAUGCGGGCAUGGCUUUUUCAGCACUUAACACACCCAUAUCCAUCGGAGGAGCAGAAGAAACAGCUGGCCUCUGACACUGGUUUGACAAUUUUGCAAGUUAACAAUUGGUUCAUAAAUGCUCGGAGACGCAUAGUGCAACCGAUGAUCGACCAGUCAAACCGCGCAGGACCACACGGCUACCCGUCGGACGCUGCUGGAUGCCUACCGUACAUGGAUAAUCAGCACUUUGCGGCCUACGGUCGACCAGGUUUCCACCCAGUCGGUUUUCAAAACGCAGAAAUCUACGCCGCUGCAGCCGCAGCAGCCGCUGCCGCUGCGGCAGCAGGGGGCGGCCACAGCUCCGAAAUAGACAGCCCUGGUCCCGGAUCUGGUCGUUCCGCUGGCUUGAACGACAGUGGGUACAUGCCCAGCUACCUGAUCGGAGGAGCUGGGGGUGUGGCAGAAUCCGAUUUCAACCCAUCCGGAACACUUUCCAACUAUCACCGUGGAGCAGGUGGGGGAUAUUCGUCGAUGCUCACAAGUCACCUACAAUACGGAUCCAACUACCCAACACCGUUGUCCACCCUUACGCCCACCGGUGGAGAUUCUACUUCCAUGGCCGGGCGUCAAGGGCAUAUGUUCCCCAGCUCCGGUCAGUUUGGUUUGCUUCCGACCACCUCUAGCAACACCACGACAGAUAUGAAUUAUAGUUUGAGUGACUCCAAACUGCGCUCGGGGACAACCGAUGUGGAGAACGCUCAAAAGGCGGCGGCGCAUCAAGCCACAAUGGCAGCUGCGCAUUAUGCUGCAGCUGCUCUUGCGCUGCAGCAGCAACAACAGAAGCGAACUUCCUAUGUGGGCAAUCCGAACGCAUCGGCCCCUUCUACGGGCUACACUACGUCCUCCAAUGGAACGUACCGGACACUGACUAAUGGACACGUUCCACCGGGAUCGAAUCCAUCCCCUCACCUGAACGCACCAUUCGGUACAUAUGGGAGUGCGACUUCGGCCAUUGGUAUACCUCCUGCACACAUACAAGCGCCGCCUUCCAGUGGAUCAACCGUACUCGGCUCCAGUUCUCCCGGUUCCUUUCUACCCACAAGCCGCCACCCCCUUGGAUUAACAAACUAUGGUCACCAUGGCAACGUAUUGGGUAACCACCACCAUUCGAGUGGCUUCUUAACUUCUGUAGCAGGUCAGGACACACUCACGCAACCCUCAUUACAAGACAUUCAUGCUGGGUAAACCGACAGGAAUACAACUGUUUGCUCAUCUUUACACGCCAUGCUUCAAACUUGCCCUCCCUUAGCUCCUCCUAGAAAGUUACCCCGGUGGACCUUCCUUAUCAGAGCACUUAAGACCAGCGCCUCUCCUCACUUCGAGACUGUAUGGUAUUAUGUUCCAGAUCAGCUUAUGACCAACAAAGAUUGUUUACACCAAAGCUUUGUGAGUGCAUUGGGAGUGUCACUGAGGCCACAGUAUCUGCGCCUUGCAGCGGCCCAUCCAUGCUUGUGGGCAAGUCAUGCCAAACUCUUCUGUUGGUUAGGCGGUCGAACUAAACCAUUAGAAGCUCACCUUUUCUUUCGCUCUAUUUUCUAGUAUUCCAUCGCCUCCACUUAGCCCUCCCUGCGAUAAUCUGUGGGAAGUACGGCGCUGUGAACUACUGGAAGAGUUGCGGUCAUCAUGCGGCUUACUUCGCAAGGGAACAACUGCUAUAAACUAGUGACGUACACAUUGCAGCUGCGGUGACUGACCACCGGGGGACUUUCACAGUGGGUGAAUGUCAACCGAAAUACUGUAUUGUCCCCCUUUCCCACUUAUUCGUUCAUGUCGCACGGCAUAUGACCGGCAUCCUGUCGUGUCUGUGCACAGCUUCCUCACUGCAGCCACAUUUGACAAAACAAUCCCUCUGGCGCCUUCUUGGCAAGGGCGAAUGGAAUACAACGCAAACGACUGUCCAGCUGAGCACUACGCCCUGUCAGCUCUCGGUUGGCCAUUUGUACACACCGUGGCAUGUAUACUGUAGCCUCGAUCCCCUCGUUUCCCUCACCUUUUAUUUGUAUGGUCAAGUCUGUUCAUCUUCUCACUUCUCUCUCAAAACUGUCCGCCUCCGUAGUUCACUGAGUCGGAGCAUUGGGGGUUG